CGUGAUGUUCUAACUACUUUCUCAAGCAAACUUGGAAUUAAAGAAUCUCUUUCCUCAGACCUGUGGCCCAAAACUUUUGCUAUGGCAUGUGUUACACCCAUUUCUGUCCUGCUGAUAUUAAGCUUUUUCCAGUGUAAGACACUAUUUUCCACAAUCCUGGCAAGUGGACAAGAAGACAUAAAGGAUGCACUUAGACUACAUAAUAUUCUGUGGGCCACCAAGAAUGAUUCAAGAGUUAUUUUGUCUUGGAGCAAUAACCUGACAAAAGAAGAAACCAGGAAAUACACUGUGAAGUAUAUUUUGAUUUAUAAGUUCUUCAAUACCACUAAAGAAAAAAAAGAAAGAUUGGAGGAGAAGGAAAAGAUAAUACAUCUUAAAUUACAUUCUGGUUUUAAUGCAAAGGUUAAGACACAACUUUUUGCAAAAGAAACAGAAGACAUAAUUAAGGAGAGUGACUGGACAGAAUUUACUUACAAGGCACCUGCAGUCUACAUUCAGAAUCUUUCGUGCAUCAUAUAUAACAUUUCUUUUUUCAAUUGCACCUGGAACAUCAAAGCAGAAGCUCCUGAAGAUAUCCAGAUCUUUACCUCAUACAGACAUGUAGGAAAAGUUUUUGCAUGCCAGAAAUAUAUAAAAAAUGCAAGGAAGAAAAAUAUUGGCUGCAAUAUGAGAGAAAUACAUUUUCAACCAUCAAGGAAAAUAAAUUUAAAUAUAACUGUCAGAAAUUUGAAAAAUGGUUCAAGAGGACUGUCUUAUUACAAAGCUUUCACACCUCAGACAAUAGAGAAACUGAACCCACCAAUCAACAUCUCAGUUUCCCUUGAAAACAGAAGUAUUAAAAUUCACUGGAAACCUCCACCUACUAUUGGUUCAGCAAGGAAAAAGUGUUUUUUGUACCAAGUGAAAAUAACAGAUCAUAAGAUUGUAAAUGUCACUGCAGAGAACUAUAAGUAUUCAUUUCACAAGCCAGAAAAAAAAUGUGCGGCGCAAGUGAGGGUAAAGAAAGAGAUUUGCAUUGCAAACAAGAUCUGGAGUGAAUGGAGUGAACCAGUAUUUAUUCAUGAUGAAAAGACAGUGGAUAUCCUGCUACUAAGCCUCUCAUUGCUUUGUUCUCUGGUUUUCCUUGGAGGUUUGAUGAUAUAUGCAUGUAGAAGGUAUAGAUGCCUGGAAGUUAUAACCACGAAUAAAAAUAAGAAAAGAAAAGCUCAAGAGCUCCAGAACUGGCUUGAGGCCAAGCCUCCUAUUCUUAGGAUUCAGAAAAAUUUCUAUGACACUUCUGGUCAAUACAGUUUGACCAAAUUUGAUGCUAAAGGAGCCAUAUUGACCUUAAGCUCAGCCGAAUUUUUAAUAUCAAUGAAUGACGAUUUUGUGCAUAAUGCAAUUUUUAUCCAACAGCAACUUAUGCCAAUACAAAUGGAGACACACUCAGAGGUUACUCUGGGAACACUAGAAGAGAACAGAGAUGAGAACAUUCAACCACAGAAAUGUUUGAAAGAAUUUGUCUUAGAAGAUCUGUAGAGAUGAUAUGCCUUUUUCAUCUUAUUCAAGUGUACCUUUCCAUGAGGUGGACAAUAUUCUAACAGAUCAAAGAACAGCUGAUAUGGGAGUUUGUCUGAGACCAAUAACUUGAAGUACUUUGUGCUCUGACAACAUGCAACUCUUAAAAUUAGCUUUGGAUCACAAACAAAAAACACUAUCUUGCAGCUUGUCUCUAAAAAAACUGAUCUCCAGCCCAAUAAAAUUAGAGCAUCUCAGAAAAUAUGAGCUGAUGUUGACAUCCCUUUGGGUUAAAAUGAAAUUAGAAUUAGUGUUUCAUAAUGCUGCAAUAGCUUCCAAGUACUGUCUGAUAGAUCAAGAGCUUUUGAAGAUUGGCUGUUCAUACAAAUCUCAUACUAGCUAUUAAACAUCUGAUUGAUGUGGUCAUGAGAAAUGGUGGAAGUAGUAAAUGUUUCUGGAAACAGCAAGAGAAUCUCACAAGUUUUCUCUAAAACUAAUAUAAAAAAAAAAUCCCUUUCUGAGUCACUGCAGUGUGUAAGCACACAUCAACCAGAAAGAAAAGCGUGAAGACAGGGUCUUUUAAUAUUGUGGACUUUGCAGUUAGCAAUCUAAGUAAAACAAGAAAACUUUAGAUGAGGUAAAGUUUUCUGCUGUAUUGUGAGUGUUUAAAUAAGUUUAUCUCAGAGAAGUAAAAGUUCAGAACUGACGAAUUUUUGCUAUUUAUUUUUCCCUGUCCCUUUAAAGAAUCUUUCCUACUGAUUCCAUGAAGUGAUGAGCUAUGCUAGUCUGUUUUCAGGUACACAAUCAGGGAAGAGUUAUUCUAACUCUUUGUUAGGAAAAUGUUUAUUUGACUAGAAGAGAAUUAUUUGAUUUUGCAAGGAAGACAUUUCUUUUUUGAAGAUGGGAAAUACAAAUGGUCAACGAUGGACAUAAUUUUCUGGAAGGUUUGGAAGAUACCUAAAAAUUACUUGCUUUCAUUACUGGUAACAUUUUUCCAUGUCAGAAUAGUACUUAUUGGAAGAAAUAAAAAUAUAAAAAUAUUGUUGUUUUCUUGAAACAUAAAGUUUCCAAGA